UUCAUUCGUAGUUUUGACAGGCUCCUUUCGAAGCAGCGCGUGGCGUAUUUUGUGCUGAUGGCGCUUUAUGUUGUUUUGCCUGCAGUGCAGCACUGGUCAUACUGGCUGAGAAGCAGAAAAAACCUUGAUUUUCAUUGAGCCCAGAAGACGUUGAAUCAACGGUUGUCACUCGCCACUGCCAGCGAGUACAAGUUGUGCAGCAGCUUUUGACUGCUCUCCGGCGUUGCUGGGGGAAUCCAUGGCCAGAGUUGAGCCUGAGAAGUACCCGCUCGACAUGAGCAUCGUGCAGAGCUUGGGCCUGAACCAGAAGGGCUUCGAGGCGUGCACCCUGUCCGAGGCCCUGGCCACGGGAUACCAGCAUGCAGCGCACGCCAUGCUUUGGGCUCCAACUGACACGGUUGUUUUGCGGCGCUACCGGCAGAAAGCGACGAUUUUGGCGGUGGUGCGCUACGAUGGCUACCUGGGCUUCCCCGGAGGCCUGGUGGACCCAGGCGAAAAUCUCGUUCAGGCGCUGAACCGCGAGCUGCGCGAGGAGUUGAACGCGGACACGUCCCGGAUCUCGGCCACCGGCGGUGACCACGUGAUCAGCUUCACGAAAAAGGAGCGCCGCUUCGCGUAUCACUUCUUCGAGGUACGGCUGACGGCCGAGGAGCUGCUAGCCACUGAGCAAGCCGCCAUCGGCAGCCGGGAGCACGGAAACGAGACGCUGGGCAUCCUGCGCGUGCCCCUCUACAGCAUGGCCGACGGUGUCGGGGGCUUCCCCGUGUUGCUUGCGCAGCGAUUCGCCGGCUGCGCACGCCAGCAGCUUCUCUACGCCACCGUCCGGCUUGGUCUGCUGGACGAUGCCGUGGCACGCGCUGCAAUCGCCCAGAGCGAGGCCGCGUUUGGCUGCAAAAAGAUGUAGUUGUUAUUACCGCAUCGUCUUACGCGCCACCCUUUUGAUGGUGACGCCAGUGAGUAAUAAAGUGACCAAAUAUCACGCGCACAGCUCCCACAAUUAAAACAUGUUGUAUGUUGUAAUAUAUGAGAAACUUUUU